AUGGUUCAAGAACAUAAGUCGUUCGCCCCUCGAGGCCGAAGACAACAAUCACCAGAUUCCCCCGAUAGUGCCGAUUCCGCCGACGAGUACCCCCCCACUUUUGGUCGAAAUGAUCGGAGGGGUUGGCAACAACCUAUGCCACCUGCCCCUGGAUACGCUCCCAGCCAGUCCUCUGGUCCAUCUUACACUCCCUACCCUCCUCCCCCGGGCCAUGGCCCGUAUGUUCACCACAAUCCUCCCCCGAUUACAUCGGAACUCAUGAGAAUUCCUCACCCGGGCCAACCCAACCCCUACGGUGCUCCUCCGCCUUAUGGAUACCCACCUCAAUUCCAACCUGGGUCUCAUUUUCUUUCCGAUCAAUCCCAACUACAUCCACGACAUGUGCCUCGCCAGCCGCCUCAAAUGCACAAUCCAAUGCACAAUCCAAUGCAGCCGCCAAUGCAACCGCCAAUGCAACCCCCAAUGCCAAUGCCCCACGCGAUGGGCCCUCACGGUCCCCACUCCCCUUACCCUGGAUAUCCCCACGAGUUGAUGGCCUACGGCCAGACCGGUUUCUAUCGAGAUCAACCCAGCUAUUUCGGGGGACCGAUCCCGGGCAUGAUGCCUCCUCAUUAUUGGCCACCCUACCCCCCAGUGCCUUCUCCUCCGGCGCAACCCAAACCUAAAACCCCCCCACCCCCAACUCCUGCUCCCGAACCUGCUCCAGCUCCAGCUCCGGCUCCAGCCCCGGCCCCUGAACCUGCUCCGCCUCCGCCUCCACCUCCACCUCCACCUCCGCCAGUCGACACUGCCAAAGAUGAGCAAAUUGCGAGGCUAGAGAAGUUGAUUCUGGACGACCGUCUAGACCGCGAAGCGAAAGAGCUUGCCAAAAAGCAGGCUAUUGAACGCGCCGCCGCCGAGAAAGCAGCUCAGGAUGCACAAACCGCGCAUGAUAGGAAGAUUACCCAGGAAGCUGCGGCGCUUGCUCGAGCGGAUGCCGAAAAAAAGGCAGCAGAGGAUGCCGCAAAGGCCAAGGAGGAGGCGGAGAAAGCCGCCGCAAAGGCCAAGGAGGAGGCGGAUAAAGCCGCUGCAAAGGCCAAGGAGGAGGCGGAUAAAGCCACCGCCAUGGCUGCUGCUGAGGCUGCAGCUGCAGCAACUGCCGCGGCCAAUGAAGCAGCUGCCAAAGCGGCCGCAGCGGCUGCUGAAGCGGCUGCUAAGGCCGCCGAACCGCCGCCACCACCACCUCCUCCAGAAAAGAAGCAGCCUAUCAAAUUCAAGGAUGCUGUUGGGAGAAAAUUCAGUUUUCCAUUUGAACUAUGUGCUACCUGGCAGGGGAUGGAAGAGCUCAUCCGGCAGGCUUUCCUCCAUAUUGAGGUCAUUGGACCUCAUGUGGCCGAGGGCCAUUAUGAUCUUAUUGGCCCGAAUGGCGACAUUAUCCUCCCACAGGUUUGGGAAACUGUGGUCGAGCCUGAUUGGGCUAUCACUAUGCACAUGUGGCCAAUUCCCGAGAAGCCAAAGGAGGACCCCCCUCCUCCUCCUCCCCCUGCGCCAGAGCCUGCCCCGGUAAAACCUGCCGAUCCACCCGCCGAGCCGAAGAAAAAAGCAGAUGGCCCUAAAAAGGCUAAGGCCCGAGGACCAGAUGUCCCAGGAAGUUUCGCGAUGUGGAUGUUAGGUGGCACCAAUCGCCGGGGGGGUAAAGGGGGUCCUAAAGUGGAAAAAAAGCCUGAUGCCCCUCCCCCAGCACCCGCACCAUAA